CCGAACCUCCGCGACCCCAACGGGCGGACCGGCCUCCACUUCAUGUGCGGCAUCGGCCUCGCCCCCGCUUGCGUGCUGCUCAUCCACUUUGGGGCCGACGUCGACGCGAGGGACAACGCGGGCCUCGCGCCGGUGCACAUGGCGGCGGGCUACGCCAACGCGCAGUGCUUGCGCGUCCUCAUCGCGGCCGGAGCAGACCACACAGCGGUCGGGGACCAGGGCACGCCUCUCGACGUGGUGGAGCGGCUCGACAGUGCGAGUACCAGCUCGACCAGUUCCUGGAGCGGAGCGGCGUGGAGAAGUUCACAAAGAAGAAGGACGAGAAGCUCGAGAAGCUCAAGGUGUGCGCCGAGGCGCUCCUCGACCCGGACAAGGUGCGGGAGGAGGAGGCGUGGGACGACCUCAUCGCAGACGUGCUCAAGCUGUGCGCGGUCUAGGGGACAAAGCGGCGCGAGGGAGGGAGCGGAAGCCUCGCCGAGACCGCAGGCUUUGCUAUCCCGCAGGCUGCGGGGCGGGGCGCCUCCGCCCUUUCUCUCGACCUCUCUCUCUCUCUUGUGCAUUGUUGACCUCUCCGCUAGACGCCCCCUCUCUCCCUCUCCCUCUCCCUCUCUGCCUCUCUGCCUCUCGCCCUCGAGUCACAUUGCGUCGACCCCUGCCCUGCCGCGGUCUUCAUGCCGCGUCGCUUCUAUGUAUGUGUUCGCGAAUCGUCUCGAUCGCGUCUCGCCUUUCGGCGGAGACACGGCGCUCGCCGCGAGCGCGACCCAAAAUUCACACGACACGCGAGUGGCAAGUAUGGCCCCCAUAAACGAAGCCGUAGCGCGACUGAAA